AUGACGGCUCGUGUCCUAUUGAGGCGUGGUUGGGUACUCCAGGAGCGCCUCUUGAGUCCCCGGUCAAUCUAUUACGGUGAGAAGCUGCACUGGGAGUGCUCUGAACUUCACGCUUGCGAGACAUUCCCACACGGCGGACCAAUUACGGGUACAUUCAACCCGUGGGGCAAAGAAGGCUUCCCUUUUCGUGCCGCAAAUCUUCUUUACGAUGAUAUGAGAUACAAAGAACUUGGUAUCUACGCACCUCAACAGUGCUCACCCGAGGUCGCUCGGAUCCGAGAAGUAUACAGGAAAUGGCUGUGCGUUGUGGAGUACUACUCGAAAUGCCAGCUCACAUAUGAAGAAGAUCGUUUUCCUGCGCUCAUGGGACUUGCGAAGUACUGGCAAGUCAUUACCGAGGAUGACUAUGUGGCUGGAACAUGGAGACGAGACCUUGUGUACGGUCUUCUGUGGUACCAGGAAAGACCUGCCCCUAAGAAACCUCGGUCAAAGGACUAUCGUGCCCCUUCUUGGUCAUGGGCAUCCGCGGACUCCGCAGUAUGUUUCCCACUCGCUCACGUGGGCGGCAUUCCUAGGGGGUAUGACGAAGAUAUCUGGGCAGCGAACAUUGCUGAAGUGGUCACGCAUCCAAGCGGUACAGAUGCAAUGGGCAGAUUGUCGGGCGCCAAGCUUCGCGUCACGGCACCCAUACGACGACUGAAGCAACCUUUGGACCUUUCCAGAGAUGCCUACGAGCCAUUGUAUCUCCAUCACCUUGACGAUCGCGCAUACGGAAACGGAUAUUCCGCCGACCGAACAGUCUUAUUGCUACUCACGUAUAGAGUCAAGCCUCUUUUUGGAACCCAUGAGAUCAAAAGGCUGACGGGUCUAAUCCUUGAACGCGUGGCUGGAAAGAAGGUCUUCAAACGAAUUGGAAUGUUUGAACACGGAUGGUUUCAGCACCGUCUCUCAAACGGCGAGUGGCCUCUCUUCAUCGACUGGGAUCCUCUUCGCGAGAAGAAGACCACACUGACCAUCAUAUGA